AUGGCUUCUUCAUCCACGACCAAAUCGUCUAUUCCGUUCGUCCUGCACCUUCGUGUAAGGAACCAUAACGAUCCCAAAGCAGCCGCCAAGAUUAAGACAACUGCCCCGGCGAUGGAAACGGCAAGAACAAAAAUCUUGAACUUCUUUCUUGGCUGCAGAGUCGAGUGGAACGACCGUGAGAGUAUGGUAUGUGCUUCGAUGUUGCCGCCGGUGGCUGCCGAGAAGCCAAUUUCUUCUUUUUCCGGCAGCAUCGUCCUCCAGCGAUUGGGGAUUGAUCUGCUAAGUCGAUUCGCUUCUGAUGGUGAUCCGUGGGAGCACGCUUUGGGGAUGGCCAUCGGCGUCGUAUUCGCCAACCAGAUGGUGAAGUGGGAGAAGAAGCUGAAGGAGGACCUCGACAAGAUCGUCGAGAAGGCCUAG